ACAAAGUGCAGCAGCGUCCCAGCUCACGUCCCGUUCUACUGUCUCUGUGAUAGCGGUGAGGACGGAGUGACUUACGUUUCAUGAAGUUCAAACAGAGAUCUGUGUCUCGACCAGCAUCAGAGUGAGUUACACGUCGUUCCUCUGAACACAGCAGCUGUUCUGCAACAUGUGGCUGUGGGCUUUGCUCCCCGUCUGUCUGGCUGUCUUCGGCACUGGGGGCAUUUGGACUGUGUUUGCUGUGGCUGUAACUAACGGAUCAGUGAACCUCACAGAAGGAGUCCCUUACAUCAGCGAGUGCGGCACAUACAACCCUCAGAGCUGCCUCUUCUCCCAGAUCUGCAACAUCUGCUCUGUUUUAGCCCUGUGGAUUGUGCUGAUCCGUUUCCAGCAGGUUAGGGACUAUGGUAACCAUGGAAACGCCAACACUGCCGGUAUUGUUUUGGGAUUCAUCGCCUCUGUUGGGAUCUCUGUCAUCGGCAACUUCCAGCAAUCAGUUUUAAUGGAAAUUCACCUUUUGGGAGCUUUCCUGGCUUUCUUUGUUGGCCUGGCCUUCUUCUGGAUACAGCUGUUUCUAACCUAUAGGGCUCAGCCAUCUCAGGACCGGUGCUGGGUCGGGCCUGUCAGGGCGACCGGCUGCAUCCUCUCUACCAUCCUGGUCAUCGUUAUGGCCAUUCUCGCCAAGACAGGCUAUCGCUCUGGCGCUGCUGUGUGUGAAUGGGCCUUGGUCAUGUUGUUCUUCUGCCUGUUUGGCCUUUUUGCAGCUGAGUUCAGACACAUCGACUGCCACCAGCUCACUGUCCAGAAACAAGCUUUGAGGGAUGGCCGCAGCCCUGCAUCAAUAGAAGUGAAUGGUUAUGUUGCAAACGCACUCAGCUGAAGACACACACACACGUAUAAUGCAUGUGUACAUAUUCAACUGCUGUGUACAGUACUGCUGCUUUAGUGUCUUUCGGUGAUCAGGGGAGUUUCUAAUAUUGCUAUUUAUUAUAUUUAUAUUUGCCUUUUUGCAAGAUUCAAUAAUAGAUUUGUUUGAAAGCUGUAUAUUUGAAUCUCUUUCUAAAAGCUGUGUUUGUUUCCUCAUUAGUUUUUAAGUGUUAAUAACAUUUAGUACCUUUACCUUUUUGUAUACUUUUGCUAUUCCAUAGUAAACACAUACGGAUAGUAGAUAACAUAUAAUCUAUUAUUUUUUUUAAUAAUUAAUUGAUUAAUCAUAAAAAGACCAUAAUCAAAAGCCAAAGAAUGUAUUAGACAAAAAUAGCAGAAGUAGAGAAAAGCCUCAGAGGAUUCAUCGAUCAUCAGAACAGUUGCCAAAUAUUCACGACUCGAGCAAUAAAUCAAUCAACUAAUCAUUUAGCUCUUGAAAUAGUAGAAGCUGAAUAAAACUGGACAGUUCUGAGCUUCUAAACCGUGUAGCAGUAACUCCAUACUAACACAUGGUGGCGCCAUUCAACUGUCAUUCACUCUGCAGCUAUCAUUCACAGUAUGAACUCUAUUCAAAUGUUUCCCUUUUAAAUUAAUAUUCCAGCUUCAAUCUCGUGUAAAAAUCAUUCAUGCAUGUAUUGUUAUCUCCUCUGAUAUUUUUCUCCGAGUAAA